GCAACUUAUAAGUUUCGCCACGGGUGGAACAUGGACUCUACGCCUCAGUCACCGGACGCUGCGGAAAGCGCUUCCGGGGAGACAAGGCCAUUGCUGAAUCUCCCACCACCGCCUCCACCGCCUGCCGCAGUUCAAGUGGCAGAUGUGUCACACAGUGGGGAAGCACUUCCUCAUGAUCGCGCAGGAGGGAACUUGCAGCCAAACGUCGAGCUGCAGGGCAAGGUCAAAGCAUGGAAAGAGGAGAAGGGUUUUGGCUUUCUUAUCGCCGAUGAUGGAACUGAAGUGUUUGUGCAUCGAAAUCAGUUGACAGAUGGCCGUGAUCUUGAAUUAGGUGCGGAGGUCACAUUUGAGGCCCGGUUCAACCAGCAGCGGGUGAAAUGGGAGUGCACGAAGUGUUCUGGUGCGGUGGGCCCCCCGCCAGAUCGCCAAGGUCAUCCCGGAGUGGAUGCAGCCAACAACCUCUUUGUUGGUGGGCUGCCCCUGGACAUCACAGACGACCUUUUGUACCAAAUCUUUGGUCAGUACGGCAUCGUCAAGCAGCUUAAGGUCUUGCCUGACAACGGCAAAGGAGACCGGGCAGCACUGAUAAGGAUGGCGGAUCCGACGGUUGCGCAGUGGCUGGUCAGCAACAUGAACGGCAACAUCCCCCAAGGCAUGACAGCACCAAUCAUGGUGAUGUAUUCCAAAAGUCAGCCUGGCAAAACCGGCUUUGGGGGCGGGUACGGGCCGCAGCAUGGAGGUGGAGACAUGCGGUUCAACCCCUACGGUGCACAGCCAAUGCAGCAAUUCUCCCAGAUGCCGAUGCAACAAUUUCCACAGAUGCAGAUGCAGCCAUGCAUGCAACAACAAUUCCAACCUCAAGCUCAAUAUCAGCAGUUUCAGCAACCCUUUCAACAAAUGCAGCCACAAUUUCAGCAGCAAAUGGGCCAACCUUUUCAGCAACCACUUGGACAAGGGCAGUUUCAACAGCCGCAGUUUGGACAACAGAUGGGGUUCCAACAGCAGCAAUUCAAUCCGCAGAUGCAGUGGCAACAGCAGCAGCAAAUGCAGCAGCAGCAGCAAAUGCAGCAGCAGCAGCAGAUGCUUCAGCACCAGCAGAUGCUCCAACAGCAGCAGAUGCUGCAACAGCAGCAGAUGCAGCAGCAGCAGCAGCAGCAGAUGCAGCACGCACAAUUGGGUCAGCCUCAGAUGCAGCUGCAAGACAUGCAGCAGGCACAAGACCCCCAACAACAAAUGAUGCAGAUGCAGCAACCAAUGCAUAUGCAGCAGCCGCAGAUGCAGCAGCCGCAGAUGCAGAUGCAGCAAGUUCAGCCCCACCCAAUGCCAGGGCCACAAGGGCUGCAGCAGGACCAGCAGAUGCUGCAAGCACAGCCACAACAGCUGGCCCAGCCUUUACCAAUGCUGCAGGACAUGCAGCAAGCCCAGUCACAAGAGCAGCAAAAGCAGACGGCGCAAGGGCAAAGCCCACAGCAGCAAAUACAGCAAGACGGGCAGCCUCAACAAAAGCAAGAUGUGCAGGAGCAGCACGGCCAACUGCAGGUAUCGCAGGAACAGGCGCAGCAAGCGCCAGAGCAAAAUCAGCAACAGCAGACACCACAACCGGUGCAAGACGCGCAGCAAGCACAGCAUCCACCCAACCAACAGACGCACGACCAACAGCCACAAGACCAACAGCCCCAACGAAUACCUCAGACUGAGCAGCAAUUGCCAGUGGAACAGCAGCAAUCUCAGCCUCAACAAGUAGAGCAGCAACAACAACAAUCGCUCCAAGCGCAGCAGACACAGCAGGUGCCGCAGCCGCAAGAUGACCAGCAGCAAGAGCAACGGCAGAAGCAGCAGGAUGUGCAGCUGCAACAACAGCCGCAGCAAGAGCAGCAACAGCAACCUCAAGUGCAAGAUGUGCAGCAAUCGCAGCAGCCAGACCAGCAGGCGCAGAUGCAACAAACGCCUCCACAAGCGCCAGCUCAAGAGCAACGUGUGCAACCAGUUCAACCCCCUUGGCAGCAACAGGCGCAGCAGCCGCAAGCAGCGACCCAAAUGGGGGAUGCGCAAGGGAAACCAGCGCAACCGGCGCAAGCGCAACAGGGAGACACACCAAUGCCACAGGUGCAAGACCCGCCAGCCGCUCAGCAGCCAGCGCAGGUUGCGCAGCCACAAGCACAAACGCCUGAGCAGUCCGGGCCGGCGCCCGGACAAGCAUCAGCCCAAAUGCAAGACCAGAUGCAGCAACAGUAUCUUCAACAACAGCAGGCUCAGCAGCAACAGCAGCAGUACCUGCAACAGCAGCAGUAUUUGCAACAGCAACAGCUGCAGCAGCAGCAAAUGCAUCAGCAACAGAUGCAGCAGCAUCCGAUGCAUCAGCAACAGGUGCACCAGAUGCAACCACAGAUGCAUCAACAAGUCGGAUUCCAGCAAAUACCACAAGCGCAGCAGCAAUUUCAGGGAAUGCCACAGUGGCAAGGCCAAGGUAUGGCACAGAUGCAGCCGGGCUGCCAAGGGUUGCCGCCCGGCCAAUGGCCACAACAAAGUCAGAUGCAACUGGAUCCGAACCUUCCAGUCCAGCCUGGACAGGGAAUGAUACAGGCCAACUGAUGCAGUCGUGGAGGCUUCCAACCCGGAGCUUUGGUAGUGAGGGCGUGCCCAACAAAACCAGUUGCCUUGGCGUUUGCUCAAAGAAGCGCAGGAAGCAUGGCUUGCGAAACGUGCUCGGGCAAAGUGUACCCAGUUAAGGUGGAAGAGAGCAAGAUGCGUUCCAGACUCGCCGCCAGCAGAA